AGGAAGGUGGGAAGCAUCCUCGGCCACCAUGACGGACAGAAGCCCCUUCGAAACCGACAUGCUCACCCUGACCCGCUACGUUAUGGAAAGGGGGCGGCAGGCCAAAGGCACCGGGGAGCUCACCCAGCUGCUGAACUCCAUGCUCACCGCCAUCAAGGCCAUCUCCUCGGCCGUGCGCAAGGCCGGCCUGGCCCACCUGUACGGCAUCGCAGGCAGCGUGAAUGUGACUGGAGACGAGGUGAAGAAGCUGGACGUGUUGUCCAACUCCCUGGUGAUCAACAUGCUUCAGUCGUCCUACAGCACGUGCGUCCUGGUCUCGGAGGAGAAUAAGGACGCCAUCAUCACGGCCAAGGAGAGGCGGGGGAAGUACGUCGUCUGCUUUGACCCCCUGGAUGGAUCUUCCAACAUCGACUGCCUGGCCUCCAUCGGGACCAUAUUUGCCAUCUAUAGAAAGACCUCAGAGGGGGAGCCUUCAGAAAAGGACGCCCUGCAGCCUGGCCGCAACAUCGUGGCCGCGGGCUACGCGCUCUACGGCAGCGCCACUCUGGUGGCACUUUCCACGGGGCAAGGUGUGGACCUCUUCAUGCUGGACCCCGCUCUUGGGGAAUUUGUGCUUGUGGACAAGGAUGUCAGGAUUAAGAAGAAAGGAAAGAUUUACAGCCUCAACGAGGGCUAUGCCAAGUAUUUUGACGCUGCCACCACAGAGUAUGUGCAGAAGAAGAAAUUCCCUGAGGAUGGCAGUGCUCCCUAUGGGGCCAGGUAUGUGGGCUCCAUGGUGGCCGAUGUGCACCGUACCCUGGUCUAUGGAGGGAUCUUCUUGUACCCAGCCAACCAGAAGAGCCCCAAGGGCAAGCUCCGGCUCUUAUAUGAGUGCAAUCCCGUGGCCUAUAUCAUCGAGCAGGCAGGAGGUGUGGCAACCACAGGCACCCAGCCUGUACUGGACGUGAAGCCUGAGAGUAUCCACCAACGAGUCCCCCUCAUUUUGGGAUCCCCAGAUGAUGUGCAGGAAUAUCUCACCUGUGUACAGAAAAACCAGGCAGGCAGGUAGUGAAUCUGGCCUCACGAGCCCUCUUUUAUGUGUCCUGUACCUUGCACUGAGGACCCUGUGAGUGAUACUUGAAGAUGGUGGUGAUGAGAAAGAGGCAAACCCACAUUCAGAAGAGCCACAGCCCAUUGCUAAAGGCAGGGUCAGAAGUCCCAGGGCAUUCUGUGGUUCAUAGAGAGGGCUGAAAAUAAAAACUGACCU